AUGUUCUCAGUGACGGGAACGACACGUGAAAUGACUCCAAUAGAUCCAGUGCUCUACAUAUGGCACGAAUGCCGGGACGAACAGAGUCCGUGCUCACGAAAGCUGAAGUUCGUAAUCCCGAAGAAGUUUAUCCACAACGGUAACCCGAGGCCAGAGCAAUGGCUGGAUAUUGGCGUAAUGAACCUGGAAGGCGCCUUUGAUCAAGAAGGACGUGAAUGCAUGAACUAA